UCAAUUGCAAGAAAUCUUUCAUUCCAGAAGAUUUUGACGCUGGUGUCCUAGUCGCAUUGUGUCGAAUCUGGAAGAUAAAUGCAAGUUAACGAAACCGCCAUUUCCGCCAUUGGCAGAAGCUCCAGAGCCAGGCAACAAUUUCUCUUCUCUCUAUUGAAGUGCUGUAAAUCCGUUCGUAAUCUUACGAAAAUUCAUGCCCAGAUAGUCACCAGCGGCUUGACCCAGAAAAAUUUCAUCCUCGUCAAUCUUUUAUCGCUCUAUGUCUCUUUCGGCUCUCUUAGAACUGCCCAGAAAGUAUUCGAGGACGUUAGUUCGCCGAGUACGACUGUGUGGAACCAGAUAAUCAGAGGCCAUGCGCGGAGCAAAACGCCUCAAGAAUCAAUUGAGCUGUUUAAGCGAAUGGCGGCGGCGGAAGUUGAGGCUGAUGAGUUCACGUAUUCGUUUCUUCUGAGUGCGUGUGCGAGAUCGAGGUUAUUCAGAGAGGGGGAACAGAUUCAUGGGAGAGUUUUGGCAAAUGGGUAUCACUCCAACACGUAUGUUAGAUCGAAUUUGAUCAAUUUGUACGCAGAUGUAGCGGGGGGUUUUGAUCUCGAGAGAGCUCGUUACAUGUUUGAUGAAAUGCUUGAAAGAAAUGUCGUGGGUUGGAAUUCCUUGCUCGCAGGGUAUGUUAGACGUGGUGAUUUUGAUGGGGCUAGAAAAGUUUUCGAUGAGAUGCCUGAGAGAAAUGUCCGGACAUGGACUACCAUGGUAGCAGGGCUUGCUCAAAAUGGCCAUUGUAAGCUAGCUUUGUCAAUAUUUAAUCAAAUGAGAAGGGCUGGUGUGGAAUUGGAUCAGGUGGCAUUGGUGGCUGCUUUGACAGUUUGUGCCGAAUUGGGAGACUUAACAUUAGGAAAAUGGAUUCAUAGAUAUGUCGAAAGAACAUGGCGGAGUAGACACCGGCCACUAUUGGUGUCUCUGAGCAAUGCUCUGAUUCACAUGUAUGCAAGUUGUGGUGUCAUGGAUGAAGCAUGCAAAGUGUUUGAAGAAAUGCCCCAACAAAACACUGUGUCUUGGUCGAGCAUCAUCACCGGGUUUGCAAAGCAGGGCCGUGGAGAAGAAGCCAUUAAAGUCUUUCAAUUGAUGCUGUGCUCUGGCCAAAAUGAAGUAAGACCUGACGAGAUAACCUUCAUUGGUGUUCUCACUGCUUGUAGUCAUGCAGGCUUAAUCAGGGAUGGCGUCCGAGUUUUCGAGUCUAUGCGAGAAACUUUCAAAGUCAGCCCACAGAUUGAGCAUUAUGGAUGCUUGGUUGAUCUCCUGAGCCGUGCAGGUUUACUGAAUGAAGCGUUGGAACUGAUUGAAAGUAUGCCAAUGAAGCCGAACAAUGCUGUGUGGGGAGCACUUCUCAGCGGCUGCAGAACUCACAAGAACGAUGCAAUCGCAUCCCAUGUUGCCAAACAAUUGGCUUUUGAAAUCGAACCUGACAGCCAAGCUGCUGGAUACUUGAUGCUUCUAGCUAGUGUUUAUGCUGGAGAUAAACGUUGGCAAGACACUGCCAUCCUGAGAAAGAACAUGCUUGAUCUGGGAGUGAAGAAACCUUCAGGAAGAAGCUGGGUCGAGAUUAACGGAGUUGUAUGUGAUUUCGUGGCAGGGGAUGAGACUCAUAAGGAUGUGAGUUUAAUUCACGAGAUGCUUGAUAACAUAACAACACAAAUCCGGACGGAUAACUGUAAAUCAGAGACAAUAUCAGAGGCAUUUGUUGGCGUCUAAUGUGUUCCUGGAAAGGAAGAAAAGGUCAAAAGGUAAGACACGUGGGCGGUCCGAGGUGGACGGAACUGGCAUG